AUGAGGCUCGAACUCUCUUCCGAGAACCUGGCAUCCGUCCCACACUUUGUGUGGCUGGGAUUGGCGCUGGUGGUAGCACAGCUCCUCCAUUCAGCAACCAAGCGACCCAAGAUCAACCUUCCGGGUCCACGUGGCUGGCCGUACGUUGGCAACCUGUUCCAACUGGGCGAGGACGCGGCACAGACGGACUACAAGUGGUGCAAAAAGUAUGGUCCGGUCUACAAAGUGCAGCUGGGAGAGCGCGAGGUGUUGGUCGUCAACUCGGUACAGGCUUCCAAGGAGUUGCUGACCGACUUGGGAAGCAUCUACAUCAGUCGACCCUUAUUUUACACUUUCCACACCGUCGUCUCUUCCACUGCCGGCUACACAAUCGGCACUUCGCCAUGGGACGAGUCGUGCAAGCGCAAGCGUCGAGCUGCUGCCACCGCACUCAACCGUGUGGCCGUGCAGAGCUAUGUUCCCAUCAUUGACCGUGAGACGCUCUCGCUGGUCGAGGAUCUUUACAACUCAAAGUGCAAGGCGAUCGCACCUUUCCCUUACUUCCAGCGACUGGCACUGAACGUUUCCCUCGUCGUCAACUACGGCGUUCGAUUGGACAAGGUGGGAGACGAGCUGCUCGAAGAGAUCGUCCAAGUCGAGACGCACGUAGCCAACUUCCGAUCUGUUUCCAACUCGCCUGCCGACUACUUGCCUAUCGUUCGCUACCUGCCUCGCUUUGGACGCAACAGCAAAGCUUUCGCCGGACAGAUCCGAGCCCAUCGUGACGUAUACAUGAACCGACUGCUCAACGAUCUCAAAGAUCGAGUCAAGGCUGGUACCGAUAUCCCCUGCAUCACUGGCAACAUCCUCAAGGACCCUGAAGCCAAGUUGACGGACGAAGAGCUCUCGUCGAUCUGCCUUUCGAUGGUUUCCGCUGGACUGGACACGCUUGCCAACACUUUCAUCUGGUCCGUAGGCUACCUUGCCAAGCGACCCGACAUCCAGGAGAAAGCAUACAACGAAAUGUACAAGGUGUACAAGGGUGGGAUCCCAAGCUCGGAGGAAGAGACUGUCGAGUACAUUACUGCGCUGCACAAGGAAUGUUCUCGUUACUUUACCGUGCUCAAGCUUGCUCUUCCCAAGGCGACACUCGGCGACUCGACGUACAAGGGAGUCCACAUCCCCUCUGGCACUACCGUCUUCCUCAACGCCUGGGCUAUUCACAAGGACAAGGAGCACUACGGCGAUGUCGAAAACUUCCGCCCCGAACGUUUCCUGGAAGCUGGUGAGGAGAACAAGCAAGCGCACUACUCGUUCGGUGCUGGACGACGCAUGUGUGCCGGUGUCCACCUUGCCAACCGCGAGCUGUACAUUGCUUUUUGCAAGGUGAUCCACUUCUUCAAGAUCGAGCUGUCCGAGGAUCCUGCCGAACAGGAUUACGACAUCAACCCGGCUACUGGAUGCGCCAACCCCAAAGGUCUCAGUUCGACACCGAAGCCUUUCAAGGUGAGGUUUGUGCCACGAGACGCAGCGACGAUCGAAGAAUGGAUCGAGAAUGAAAAGUCUCGUACCGAAUUGCAGAUGGCUACUGAGAUCCAGAAGGUUUAG